AUGGCCCGCUCAUUCUCAUCCACAAGCGCCGCAGGUAUUGUUCCUACAGCCACCGCCGGUGAUUCAAGCCAAGUCGCCAUCUUUGCCAAUGGUUGCUUCUGGGGCACAGAGCAUCUCUUCCGCAAGCAUUUCGCAGACAAAGGCCUGCUCAAGGCGGAAGUGGGCUACAUUGGUGGCAAAACAGAUCAGCCUUCCUACCGACAAGUUUGCACUGGCUCAACAGACCAUGCAGAGUCUCUCAAAGUAACAUUUGAUCCAUCACGCGUAUCAUAUGCCACGCUGUGCAAGUUCCAUUACGCGAUGCAUGACCCGACCACACUCAACAGGCAAGGUGGUGAUCGUGGUACCCAAUAUCGCAGUGCCAUCUUUUACCUGAGCGAUGAACAAAAGGAGAUUUCUGACAAGGUCACGGCUGAAGUCCAGGAGAAGCACUUCAAGAGCGGCAAGAUUACGACGCAGAUUGCAGAUGGAAGGCAGUUCAAGUGGUAUUCUGCUGAAGACUAUCAUCAAGAGUACCUGCACCACAACCCAGGUGGCUAUGAGUGCCCUGCACACUAUGUACGCUUCAAGUACGACGAGUGA